AUGAUAUCGACGUCGCCGACUUUCUGGGCGUCUGGGCUUAUAAUGCCAUUGUAUGCCCUUCACCUUGGGAAGACGGCCUGCAUACUUCCCAGCUUCGACGAGGAUACAGUAGCACGCGUCUUGGGCGAGUACAACAUUUUGAGCUUGUUCAUGCCUCCAAACUUGGCAGUGACUAUUGCCAAGAACCCCCAAAGUCCCGUCCGAAAGAUGCUGCACCACAUCAAAAUCUUAUCAGUCGGAGGGGCUGUAAUGGACGCAGAGACUCAGCUAUUCGUUGAAAAGGAGCUUGGUAAGCGGGUCAGCCAGGGGUAUGGCAUGACAGAAGCUAUUGUCAUCAUGGGUGCUCAACCCGGUAGUAAUCCUCCACCAGGUUCCUCUGGAAGGCUCUUCUUCAACGUGGAGGCCAAGGUGGUGGACCUGGAGACGCAGGAGCCGGUGGGUCCCGAGCAGGAGGGCGAGCUGUGGGUGAAGUCCCCCGCGGCGGCGCUGGGCUACUGGAACAACCCGGAGGCGACGGCGGCGGCCUGGGACGCGGACGGCUGGUUCCACACGGGGGACGUCGUGCGCUACGACCGCGACGGCUACUUCUACGUCGUGGACCGCGUCAAGCAGCUCGUCAAGUUCAGGGGACACCACGUGCUGUCGCCGCAGCUGGAGUCGCUGCUGAUGUCGCACCCCAGCGUGCAGCUGGCCGCCGUGGUGGGGAAGCCGCACCCCACCGACCAGGAGCACCCCACCGCCUUCGUCGUGCUGCGGCCCGGAGCGUCCGCCACCGCUGAGGAGCUGCAGGCGCUCGUAGACGAAAAGGUGGAGGACCACAAGAAGCUGCGAGGUGGCGUGAGGAUCGUGGGGGAGCUGCCGCACACGGCCAGCGGCAAGGUGGCCAAGAGGGUCCUCAGGAGGUGGGCGGCGGCCGGCCAGUAG